AUGCUGGAUUUCAUGGAUUACAUUCAGCUCUCCUUCGCUGAGGCGACUAACUGGAACCGCGACAACUCAUACUCAUCGCUUAAUACUACUGCUCAGUCGAUCCUCGACUUCUCCACACCUGAGCGAUUGCGCGUUCAUCUUUCAUCGCUGUCUACCCCCCAUUUUGCGACCAGUUACACACUGGGCACUGUUGGACUGCUUGAUGGAUCGGUUUCAUACCUCUUCAGUACUGUUCCAUUCAACGACCUUCCUAGUCGAAGCGCAUUGAUACCGCUUCGAAAGAUUUCCCCGGGAUACCGACAAGUACAAGCCCCCACUGCCCCCAUACAAACCUGGGGGUGGGACUCGCUACUAGAUGGUGUGAGUAUUCCAGGGCUCAAGGAUGCGAAACAAUCAAAACAACAAGCUGUUGGGGAUGGCAAUAUCAGCGAAGAAUACCAAGUAAAGCGAAAAGCAACCCUCCUUCAUGCUUCCCUUCACCUUCCACCACCUACCACCCUUUAUGCGCUCUUCCUGCGCCGGAUCUCCACGAACAUGCAGUUAUCACUAGCAGUCUGCUCUACACAGGGACCGCCACAAUCCAAAUCUGCACCACAGGCCUCAAUGCUCACCCAACUCUCCCAUGACACGGGCAAAUACAGCAACGAGUAUCUAUUCAGCACAGACAAUGCCCUAUUUGGCUGGCGCGGGCUCUGGAACUUUGGACCAGACCCUCGAUAUACGCGCGAUGAUGCGCCAUCACGCUUGUCCCUCCUCUCCGCAGGCGCAGAGGCAUACUACUCCCCGACAUCAUCGCUGAUCGGCAUGUCCACGGGCCUGCGAUUCAGCACAUUACCAGCAGCUACAGCAACCCCCUCACCGCGAUCGCGCUCAUCCCUCUCCAGCAUCCCAACACCAAUCUCCACAUUCCCAUACACCCUCACACUUACCCUAACACCCAUCACGGGUUCCCUCUCCACGAGCUAUUCACUCCGAGCCACACCAAACCUAGCCUUCAGCUCCCGCUUCGGCUUCAAUGUCUACAGCUGGGAAAGUGAAAUGGUGGCAGGCUGUGAGCUCUGGCGCCAAUCCAAGUGCAAGAACACGUCCGAUGACGAUCUCGAAUGGGCCCGACGCAAAGUACGCAUGCAUGAUUUCGGCGUUGCCCUGCCCGGUUCACCGGUCUCCCCGCUUCUAGAGGACCCGGCUCGUCCCGAGUCGUCUAUGCGCUCUGCAACUAAUAGUGAGCCUGAGACGAGUGACUCUGUCAUCAAGCUACGCGUUGAUCAGUCUUGGAACGUCAGACUUCUUUGGGAGGGUCGAGUUAAGGAGCUCCUGGUGAGUGCGGGUGUCGGGCUGGGUCCGGGCUCGUUCUCCCAGUCACCCUCCCUCUCGUCGACUUCGGGGGGCGGCUCGGCCCAGAGUGGAGGCGGGGCUCCUAUGUCGUUCUGGCGCGGGGUUGGUGUGUCGGUCUUGUACUCCUCGUAG